AUGCCUCCAACAAAAAAAUGUCGUGAAAUUUCAAAAGAAAAUCAUCAAAAUAGCAACAAAAAUGUCAAAAAACAAGCAACAAUUAAGGAUUUCUUUACGAAAAAGCAGAAAAACGACGAAAACAAAGCAACAAAUGUUCCUGACAAGUCAACAGAUUCAAUGGAAAUUGACAACAUCGAAGUUGCUGAUACCUCAAAUAACCCCGUAACAAAGGAAAUUGUGAAAAAUCCAACGAAAAAUGGAAAACCUCAAUUUCAGUGUGAUCUUUGUACAAAAUUAUGUGAUGUUAAAGCUAAUCUCCGCACGCACAUCGAGAACGUUCAUCUUCACGAACGGAACAAAAAUCAACCGGAUAGCAAAAAAUGCGAAUAUUGUCCUAUCAUCGUGGCAGCAAGUAAUUUAGAGGAACAUCUUUGGAGACGACACAAAGAAUACAAAUGCGAUCAAUGCGAUAGAAUUUUUCACAAACUUUCAUCGUUUGUGGCUCACAAAAGUAUUCACAAAGAACCCAAAUUUUGUUGUGAUAUUUGCGGUCGAAAAUUCCGCAUGAAGCGAAAUCUUGAAAUUCACAUGGAACUCCUUCAUCUACCGAAAAAAUUUGUUUCUUGCGAAAUAUGCGGAAAAAAAGUCACAAAAUUUUCUCUUCGACAACACAAACUUUUCGUGCACAACAACGUUCGGAAGUACGAUUGCACGAUUUGCGACAAAAAGUACUUUGACGCUACCAAAUUGCGACAACAUUUAGCCACGAAGCAUUUGGGAGAGAAAAAAUACGAAUGCGAUAUUUGUCACAACAAAUUUGGAAUCAAACAAAAUCUUGAAAAACACAAAAAAGCAGUGCAUGAAAAAGCUACAAGACAAAAAUGCAAAAUUUGUGGCAGAAUUUCUACAACUCCCAUGAGUUUGGAAAUUCACAUGAGAAUUCACAAGGAGGAGAAUAAAAACAUUCCUUGCAAAGAGUGUCCAAAGCUAUAUGAAACUGAAGAGGAGUUGAAGGAACACGUCAAAAGAUUCCAUGAGAAAGAAAAAAAGUUUGCUUGCGACAAGUGUGACAAAAAAUUUGUGAGAAACGAAGUCCUCAAAGCUCAUAUCAAGGAAAAACACCUCGGAAUAAGACAUAAAUGCGAAUUUUGCGACAAAGAUUAUUCGCAAAAAGGAAAGUUGAAGCUCCAUGUCGACAAAUAUCAUCCAAUUUUUAUUUGA